AUGAGUGAGAAAACGACUCACCCCGAAACGGAGCAUGACCACAAUGGCACUCAGCCUGCGGUUGCGGGCACCGGUGUCCUACAGCCAGAUGAUACGCUCUUGAAACCCAAGAUUAAUGGGGGUCUGCAGGCUUGGUUGACGGUGCUUGCGCUGUUCUGUGUUUUUGUCAAUUCUUGGGGUAUAUUGACCACUUUUGGAGCUUUCCAAGAAUACUAUCAGACUGAGCUUUUGGCUGAUCAAUCGCCGUCCGCCAUUUCGUGGGUUGGAAGUAUCCAGGCGACGUUGAUCCCGAUGGUCGGUAUCGUGUCUGGCCCGUUGGUUGAUUCGGGAUACAUUCGAGCGCUGACUGUCGUCGGGAGUUUCUUGACGGUUUUUGGAAUGAUGAUGACUAGUCUUGCCACGGAGUACUAUCAGGUCCUUCUAGCCCAAGGCUUCUGCGUUGGACUGGGUGGUGGCAUUGCCUACAUUCCAGCAUUGACAGUCGUUUCAACCAGCUUCACCACAAAACGCCCAAUCGCAAUUGGCAUCGCAUCAAUUGGGUCCAGUGUUGGAGCCGUCAUAUUCCCCGUCAUGUUCCGACAGCUCCAGCCCAAAAUCGGCUUCCCGUGGGCAGUUCGCUGCAUCGCCUUUGUCAGCCUGCUCAUGGGGAUCGUCGCGUGCAUUAUUCUAUGUCGACGACCCGGUCAAAAAUCGCGCGCCCGGAGCCUUAUUGACUGGACAGCUUUCCGCGAGCCUUCCUACAUGCUCUUCUCCGUCUCACUGACCUGCGUCAUGCUCGCCUAUUACGUUCCCAUCUUCUACGUCGCAUCAUACGGUCGCGUCGUUGUGCAUACCACGACCAGCCUGUCAUUCUACAUGGUGGCCAUUGUAAACGGCUCGUCAGUCUUCGGCCGUGUUGUCCCUUAUCUUCUCGUCGCAUACGUCAAGCCCAUCGCCAUCUUGAUAUUCUGCGUCACGGCUUCGGCAAUUGCGAUGUUUACCUGGAUUGCCGUCAGUGAAGUUGCAGGUUUCAUUGUCUGGGCUUGCUAUUGGGGUAUUCUCAGUGGUGUACUGGUCACAGCGCCUACCUCUAUUGUUGCGCAUCCUGUCUUCUGCUCCAGUCCCAACUGGAUGGGUACUCGGCUGGGCAUGAUGUGGGGUAUCUCGUCCUUUGGCGCUUUGGCGGGUACGCCAAUCGCAGGAGCAUUAGUCGAUCUGGAGAAUGCUUCGUUCUUACGCGCCCAGGUUUUUGCUGGUUGUGUUAUGGUUGGUGCGGUACUGUUGCAAUCGUGGCCUGCUGUGCAAGUAUUCAGCUACGAUCGAAAUAAUCCUCGGUAA